CGAGAAGUCAAGAAGCCCGCAGCCGACCAAAAGAGACAAGACACAAGAGAAGCCACCACAGCUUCGGUUCGACAAUCGGCACCUUUGGCACUUCGACAUCGACUUCCACUCCGGUUCGGCAAGCAAAAUUAGCAAAAAGAAAAACGCUUUUCGGCCCGCGCCAUUGUCUAGAGAAAAUACAAUUAACAAACAACAAAAAAAACUUUCCUUUACCACAUGUGGACGAGUUUUUUAAGCUCAGCACUCAGCAUAUUGUAUAUUCGGUAUAGAUAGAUACACUUCUGGAAAAGAAAAAAGGUCAUCCGGAAAGAAAGAAACCAAAAAAAAACUUAAAAAUCGUACUUUUAUGGAAUGUUUUCUCGGUGAUUUUCUUAGAAAAAAAGUGUUGACUAGACAUAAAGUCGUCCAUCGUCUCGUAGUCGUCCAGUCGUCGUCGUUGGUCGGUCUCGGUCUUCUAUUCUCUAUACAAUUGGCAUGCACUUUCAUUGAUUUUUCGUGAAAUCCACACGGCCACAGCUAUAGUCCAGUGCGGUGCAGAGUAGUCAGUUUUUACUCUCUUCUUUAGAAAGUGUGAAUUCGUUGGUUCUCUAGGAAUAAAAAGUUUAAAUAUUUUUUUUCUUGUAGCAGUGAGCAGUAAUUGUAGACUUUGCUGUGUCAUCAGUCGUUUUUUCGUUUGUGGUCGCACGCGUUUCGUUCCGGGGCUCCUCAGAAGAUCUCAUUUCAAUUCGCUUGUAGAGGGAUCCUGUGCAAAAAUUCACGGAAUUCGUCAUCGUGAUAGUCAUCGUAACGUACUCGUCGUCGCCGUCGCCGCCGACGCCAACACCCUCUCUGAUUUCAUUUGCCCCAUUUUUAUAAUAUCGCUGUGUUUCUGAAUUUGGACUUUUCACAAACUAAUGUAUAUUAAAACUCUUAGUUUAUGAAACCUUUAAAACGACAGAAAAAAAACAGUUUUGUGAGUUUAUUCGAUCUAUUUUUGGGCACAACCCCUUUUUUUUGUAUAUUCCCAAGGCGACUGUGCGUGUUCAUUGCAGUUGGCCACGGUCAAUCCAAUUAAAAUUGAGUUAGUUAGUUUCGGGCAAAGGUAGACCUAUUCAAAUCUUAUUUGAACGAUUCGAAAACUUAAUUACAAUUAAAAAAUUCUGCAGAACUUUGUUUGUUUGUUCCCCCAAGUUCCAAAGAAAUUUUCUAGAAACAAGAAUGGUUAACGCUAAUAGUAGUGUUAACUUACAAUCAACAAAUCUAACCGCUGCUGAUAAGGCAGCAAACCAACAACAAUUGCAGCAGCAGCAUGCGGUCAAGUUGAUUCCCAUUACGAGUGUUUUAUCGACAGUAGCUGAAAAUGAUCGGAUUGCUCUACAACAACUUCAGUUGCAGCAGCAACAACAGCAGCAGCAACUACAACAACAACAGCAACAGCUGCCAUCGGAAAUGCCCCACGAGGAUGAAGAACGUCUAGAGAAAUUAUUCAAUAGCCUUGAUCGAGACGGCAAUGGCAAGAUUGAUAUUCAUGACUUAUCUGAUGCACUUAAAGAAUUUGGAUUAUCUAGCGUUUAUGCAGAGAAUUUUCUAAAACAAUCUGACAAAACUCAAAGUGGAGAUGUGGGCCUUGCUGAAUUUGUGCAUUAUGUUCGGGAGCACGAAAAGAAUCUUCGACUUCAAUUUUCUCACUUGGAUAAAAAUCGUGAUGGAAAAGUAGACUUGGAAGAGUUGAUAUCGGCAUUUAAAGAUUUAGGUAUUGAAGUUGAUCAAGCUGAAGCAAAGCAUUUACUAAAGAGAAUGGAUCAAGAUGGUAGUUUAAAUAUAAGUUUUAAUGAAUGGCGAGACUUUUUGCUACUGGCGCCAUCUACUGACAUUCAUGGUUUAAUUAAAUUUUGGCGGCAUUCUACUUACCUCGAUAUUGGCGAAGAUAUGAAUGUACCUGAUGACUUUACACAAAGUGAAAUGCAAAGUGGGAUGUGGUGGCGACAUCUAGCGGCUGGUGGAAUAGCUGGAGCUGUUUCGCGCACUUGUACAGCUCCUUUAGAUAGGAUAAAAGUAUUUUUGCAGGUCCAAACAUACAAAGCAAAAAUCUCAGAUAGUUUAAGUUACAUGCUGAAGGAGGGCGGUACACGUAGUAUGUGGCGAGGAAAUGGCAUCAAUGUUCUCAAAAUCGCUCCCGAAUCAGCUCUCAAAUUUGCUGCCUAUGAAAAAAUCAAACGGCUAAUACGAGGUGAUGAAAAAAGACAAAUGACCAUAAGCGAAAGAUUUCUAGCCGGUGCAUGCGCCGGAGGUAUUAGCCAAACAGUCAUCUAUCCCAUGGAAGUAUUAAAAACUCGCCUGGCGCUUCGAAAAACUGGCCAAUACACUGGUAUAGCCGAUGCAGCAAAGAAAAUAUACUCCCGAGAGGGUUUGCGCAGCUUCUAUCGCGGCUACAUUCCAAAUAUGCUUGGCAUCAUACCAUAUGCUGGCAUUGAUUUAGCCGUUUAUGAAACGCUAAAGAAAAAAUAUCUUAGCACACACAACAAUGCCGAAAAUGAGCAGCCAAAUUUCAUGGUGCUUUUAGCGUGUGGAAGUGCAUCUAGUACACUCGGUCAGGUGUGUUCGUAUCCAUUGGCAUUGGUUAGAACACGACUACAAGCUCAAGUCGUAAGGAAAAGCAAAGCCAUUUCAGUUGAUUCGACUGUUGCAGCUACACUUAAAACAACUGAUGACAAUAUGCUGGAUGUCUUCAGGCGAAUUCUUCGAACCGAAGGAGUUUGUGGUCUCUAUCGCGGUAUAACGCCAAAUUUCAUCAAAGUCCUGCCAGCUGUAUCUAUAAGUUAUGUCGUGUACGAGUACACAAGUCGAGCAUUGGGUGUCAAUAUGACGUGAUUUAAUCACAUCACAAUAAUGCUCUCUAGCUUUAAAGAUAAAAACCCAAGUGAUACUAUGAUUAUUUAUUUUUAUUAAUAUAGUAGCAAUUUUAUUUAAAAAAAAACUAAAGAAAAUAAUAUUUAAAAAAAAAAAAAGAAAGAAGAAACAAAAACAAAAAAAACUUAACAAAAAACAUAACAUAACAUAACGAAACCAUAGAUAUAACAAAGAAAAAAUACAUUUUUGACUUUUCUUUUAGAAUAAAAUUUAAAAGUAAAAAUAAAAUGUUUUUGUUCUUUCUUUUGAAAAUGCAUUUGACAAUGCAAUGUGCGGUAAAGACGUCCAUUGCUAAAA